GUGGAGCGUUAAAGGAAGUGGGAGCUGCUCUGGUCGGACCUGGGGUGUUCGUGCGGUGAGAAGAUGAUGGGUUCGGCCCGGGGCGGUGUCCGCGGGGGACAGGAUCAGUUCACCUGGGAGGACGUGAAAGCCGAUAAACAUCGUGAGAAUUACUUGGGAAACUCACUCAUGGCACCAGUUGGACGAUGGCAGAAAGGGAGGGACUUAACCUGGUACACCAAGGAAAAGAAAACCGAGGGGAAGCAGUCUCGCGAAGAGGAGUUGAUGGCUGUUAGGAAAGCUGAGCAGGAAGCCUUAAUGGCAGCACUAGGAUAUAAGAAUCCCAAAAGGAAACCAACUGGAGUAACCAAAGAGGAACUGGCAGAGGUCUGUAAGCGCGAGGGUGUGGACCCAGAUAGCAAAGAUGUUGACAGAGUCCUUGGGCUUGGCAGUUCAAGUGGUACUACUUCUAGAAUGAUGCUAACUAAAGAAGACCGUGAAGCAGCCAAGCUUGGACUGGCCAUCUUUACGCACCACAAAUGCAGUGAAGCUGUGGAAUCAGUGAGUCAAAAGCGGAAACCAGAGGAGAGUAGAGAAGAGGAGAUUGAGAAGUCAAUACAUCGAAAACGGCACAAGAAAGAUAAAAAACACAAAAAGGAAAAGAAGAAAAAAAAGCACAAGAACAGAGAAAAAUUAUCCAAAACAAGCCAUCGAGACAGAAGACAUCACCAUUCAGAGAAUGAAGUAAACGGCCAGCACAGAUAACAGUCAUUUAAAGGCAGUUGAACAUUCCCUCGCCAAUUUGUAUUUAUCCAGGGGCUAAUCUCACAGUGAGGGCAGCUUCUCCAAGAAUCACAGCAUGAAAAUUAAUGCUUUAAUAAUUAGUAACUUUGAGGGAGAAGAUAUAGGAUAUUUUACAGCCAGGCUUGUCAUUUUAGCACAAGUUUUGUCAACACCUUAAAUCUACAAGAGGCUAUAUAGAUUGAAGACUUAUGCAGGUUAAUGGUUGUUAGCAUUGGCAAACAAGGAGCAUAUCUUUGAAACAAAUCUGCUGCAGAUUGCAGGGAGAGUGGUUAAUUCAUUAAUUGGUCUAGUGAAUGUAGAUUUAAUGCCCAAGAUGUAAAGUUCAUUAUUUUACUAUGUCUCUAUUAAAUGCUGUUGGAACA